GAGAAAACUGCUUCUUUUAAUUUAAAUAACACGAUUUAUGUAAUUCUCCAGUUGAAUUGCUGAAACUGCACUUGCGGAAAUGCACGGAAAUUAAAAUUCCACUUCCUCGCUAUCGAUCACGUAAAGCAGUUGCAAAACGCAUGCGCGAUAGAACAAAGCAAAGCGCCCUCUGCAGAAAAAUAGAAGAGACAAAAAAAGAAACGCCGCCAUUUUGACAUUUGUUUGGCUUUUGUUCUUAAUAAAUAUAAAUUAUCAUGUAAUUACGCGUGCAACAGCGAUUAUGUUUACAUUUUCGCUUCACUACAGUUUCGCUUAUUAGCCGAUUACUGAAAUAUGGUGCAUCAGCAAUAUUCGUUUCGGUUCGGCAGCGCAUAAAUCGAUAAAUUCGCCCGUGCCGCAUUUUUAUUUUCUCGAUGCUUAUUUCGUGUAUAAUUUGAUAUUUUUAGACGAUUAAGUGCUUAAAUAGGUGAAAUAAUGUAUUGAUCUGUGUGGUUAACUAACUAUAUUUAAGAAUAAACUAUGAAAUAUCAUUAAAUGUGUGAUGUCAAAAAGGCGCGAACGCUUUUUACCGCUGUAGAUUUUGGGACGAAAAUAAAACUGAGUGUUUGUGCGAAACAAAGACAUUAGAGCUUCGUGUUAUGUUUACGAAACCCUGCAAGUGUUAUAACUGAAUUUCGCACAACUUUUCUGGAGGUACAUGUCGUGGAAACUAUCUUUCUGCACAUAAGUUCAUGUUAAGUUCCCCUCUGCACUUGCAAUGCGGUUAAGAAGUAGGAAGAGGGAGCCCCUCUCGGUCAAGAGGAACACAUCCAAAGUCACAAAAUUGAAGGCAAAACCAUUAAAUAGCCGCUUGUCACCUCCCAACACCACCUGGAAGAAAGUUCUCAAGCGGGACACUGCCAAAAAUGGUUUACCCGAAAUCUGCACUCGGUCACAGCUAAAAACUAGACCCGUUAGAACCAAGUUAGUUAGCAUGGAGAAGGAGCACAAAAAAGAGCUGAAAAGCACAAAGAAACCAAUCUUCCAAACAGUUGUACGUAGCACUAAUAAGGAUCUAGUGACUUCCACUACAAAGUUAAGGGAUAAGACGCAGAAUGAUAAAGUUACAACAACUUCCAAGCCAAAACUUAAAGAUGUACGAACCACGAAAAGUGUUCAACUUCGACACAGCUCACUCAAUCGUGAGAAGAAGUCUGAAUCCGUUGAGAUAUCAUCUCCUCGAAAGACCAGGCGUAUGGAUAAAAAUGAGAAAUCUGCUUCGCUGAACAGUUCACCGAUCCGCAAAGUCCGUCAGCUCGGUAUACCUUCAGCGAAAAGCAAGAUCGCUGUAAGCUCAACCAAUGAAAGCCCUAAGAAGAAAACUAAGACCAAAGCAGCUAUAGUUCCGGAGCAAAACAAUUGGAAUACGGAAGAUAAUGAUGUAACCAUGUACGAGCCGCAUACAACUACAUUUGUGGACUUCCCGACUCCGAAGCAUGAUGAAUCAGACUCGGAGACGCAGGUGGAGUCAUCGUUAUGUCUUCCGAAUGACUGUUUGAAUGAUUUCAUGGCUAUUGCUGAGUGCGCCAGGCUGAUCAACCAGGACUUACCGGCUGAAGAUGAGGAUAUUAACUACUUAGCUGAUAGAGCUGCUAAGGUAAUGACCACAGAGAAAGCGCGUCGCAAAUCCAGCAACGAAUUGGAAAUGUACCAACCCACAUCUACCACGGACGAUGCAGACACCGAUGUGUUCAAACAUAAGCACAAAUACGUGCAGCCUGACUUUGUCACAAUGCUAGAGCAGGACGGCUACGUGCGAGACAGCGAGUGUGAAAUCUCAUCGACCUGCGACACCCAAGGCACGGCUAUUGAAAGCUUGGAGGCGCUUUCAGCGAGGAGUCCCAGCGAGGGCUUCCUACAUGAAAUAACGCAGAGCCUUGUGGCUGAAGCUGCAGGAUGGAGCACUUCAGACAUAACUGCUGAUGAGUCAUCACUCACUUGUCAUGAUGAACAGCCACCUUCUGACCUAGAGGAGGAAGCAGCCGACGUGAUAUCGUCGUGCAGUAAUCGAGUUGACUGCGAACAGAUCUCCUCUUGGGUCGACGCUUUUGAUCCCUAUCUCUUCAUCAAGCAGCUGCCCCCGCUAGAGAGCGUAGCGACUGGUGCCCUGCGUGCGCGCUACCCCGCGCUACCGCUCAAGACUAGAACGAGCCCCGACUUUAGUCUGGUGCUGGAUUUGGACGAGACGCUGGUGCACUGCUCCCUCCAGGAGCUUCCGGACGCGAGCUUCCAUUUUCCGGUGCUGUUCCAGGACUGCCGAUAUACGGUGUUCGUCCGCACCCGGCCACACUUCGCAGAGUUCCUGGCUCGCGUGUCGCGCACGUACGAAGUGAUCCUGUUCACGGCCAGCAAGCGCGUGUACGCCGACCGGCUGCUCAACUUGCUGGAUCCGGAGCGACGCUGGAUCAAAUACAGGUUAUUCCGGGAGCACUGCCUACUGGUGAACGGAAACUAUGUGAAGGACCUCUCGAUCCUGGGCCGCGAUCUGCGCAAAACCGUUAUAGUGGACAAUAGCCCACAGGCGUUUGGUUACCAGCUAGAGAAUGGUAUCCCCAUUGACAGCUGGUUCGUGGACCGCAGCGACAAUGAGCUGCUGAAAUUGCUUCCUUUCCUCGAGGACCUGACCACGAAAGAAGACGUCCGCCCACACAUAAGGGAUAAAUACCGCCUCUUCAGCUACCUUCCCCCCGGAUAAACCACAGUAAAUAUUACUAACUAACUAACUAAUAUUAUUCAGACAUUCUCC